AUGAAAUGGUACCAAUUUCUGUUCUUUGAUUCAAAGAAGCGGGUGAAAUCUUGCAUUCUAAAUAUGGAGCAUGAAUGCAAAUGGAAGAGUGUUUCACUUAUUGGAAUUUGGAUUACAAUACACUUGCUGUACUGUUGGCUUUCAGAAGAUGCUAUUCUCAUUCUGAUGGUUUCAAGCAAAACCAAAUUAACUACAGUUACAGGAGUCACUUUACUCUUCUCCAUAUCAGAGAUGGUCAUUUUGGCAACUAUUGUCCGCAUAAUAUUUCCCAAACAGGAGAAGGCACUUGUUGAAGGGAUUGCCAUUAUUUAUUUAUCCCAUUUUUUUGCUACAUUUUUACUCAACUUCAUCUUGAUCAAUGUCGGGAUGCAGGGGAACCAUAUUGUCUUCGUUCUGGAACCACUAGUCACUCUUGUCGUUUCCAACAUCUGCAUUGGGGAGCCAUUAAAGAUAGUGCUAUCUGCAGCUGUAGUGGCCCUCACCAUAGGAGCAGCCGGAGUCAGAAUGUCUUUUGGAGAUGCAGAAAUGUUAAUUGAUCGAAGUGCCGUGCUGGAUAUCUCUUUGAUCCUGCUACUUUCAUGUAGGAACAUUGUUUUGAAACACAUCUAUACCAUGUCAGGACAAAUAAAGACACAAUGGCGGUUGAGUGUUGGGACAAUUUUGGCUGUGUCUGUUGUGAUGCUUGUAGCUAUGCUGAGCCUCUUUGAAUUCAGCUGGGGAGCCGCUCUAUCAAAAGCCCUCCUUUCAUGGACAUUGCAUGCUUCUUACACUGCUAUUACAUGGACAGUUCUGCUGAAGCAAUUCUCUCCUCUCUCAGUGGCCAUUAUCAGCAUAAGUGGACAGUUUUUGAUAGACUCAUUUGUCAGAAUGCCACUCUAUGCAAUGCAAGAUGUCAUGAUGUGGACUGCUCUCAUCUUCUUCCUAGCUGGACUUACUUUUUAUUACUUCUAUUCCCGCAAUUCCUUAGCUUACGAAAGGACAUUGUCUUUCAAUGAGAUGUACACACGGCUUGAGUUUGUUCUCUUUCUCACAAUCAUCCUGACCUUAUUCUUUUAUACAUUACCACCAAAAGUCAGCCCUCGAGACAUAAAAAAUAUUCAAUAUCUCCGUUUAGACUUGCUUUUACAGAAAUUCUUACGAACCAGCCAAGUUUCAAGCUAA